GGUUGCCUGCCCUCCACAAUUUCUCCAUAAUUUAUAACUUUGUUGUAAUAAAAAAUAUCAAUAAUAAGAAUGUUGUCUCAAGUUUCCAAGCGUGCUUUCUCCGUCAGAGCCUUCUCUACUUCUAGAGUUUCUCUCACUGCUCCACCUCCAUCUGGUAACAACUCCUUCAACGACAGAGAAAAGGCUCAAGAAGGUGCUUACAUCAAGAAGCAUGAAGCUGAACAAUUGGCCAAGUUGAGAGAAGAAUUAGCUAAGCAAAAGGAAUCUCUUAACAAGUUGGAAGACCAAAUUAAGGACAUCAAGAACUAAUUGAAGUUUUACCUGGCCUAAUUUGUACGGGGCUCCCCCUCCCCCCUUGGAACAGAAAACUGGAAAAAAAAAAUAAGAAAUAUUUAUGUAUAGCCUCGUGAAUCAAUGAAUAAACGUCAUAACGAGAA